GUAUCUCUAGUGGUCGGGGGCGGUCGCCAUUUUGUUUCAGUGCGGAGGGCGGGGAGGGGAUUCGCUCAGCUCCUCGCCUGCCGUAAGUGACCUCCGCCCGCAUCCCGAUCCCUUGUCAGGGGCCGGGGGAGGCCGACGUCGUGGUGGACUCGAGCCGGCUGAGCUCGAAGCUGGUCGCUUAUCGCCUUGGCCGGGGCAGGGGGCUGCCCGAGAUGCGACAUUCAAAACGAAGUCAUUGCUCUGAGUGGGAUGAUAGAAAGAGCUGGGAUCAAGAAAAGCACAGUGCUCCCCAUAAACGCAAAAAGAAGUCCCACAGCAGUGUACAAGAAAGCAAACCCUAUAAAUCAUAUCAUCUUGAAGUUUCAGACAGUCAUUAUUUGGACAAUAGAUCCAUAAAUGAGAGAGAUCAUCAUGACCGGAGAUAUGUUGAGGAAUACAGAAAUGACUUCUGUGAAGUAUAUGACCACAGGCAUUAUCACAGAGACUAUGAAAAGAGUCACCAUCACCACUAUAGCAAAUCCUCUGGUCGGAGCAGGAAAAGUAGUCAUAAAAGGAAGCAUAAGAGACAUCAUUGCUCCAGUCACCAUUCACAUUCGAAGAGUCACCGAAGGAAAGGAUCCAGGAGUGUAGAGGAUGAUGAGGAGGGUCACCUGGUCUGUGAAAGUGGAGACGUACUAAGAGCAAGAUAUGAAAUUAUUGCCACGUUAGGGGAAGGGGCAUUUGGAAAAGUAGUGGAAUGCAUUGAUCACAAUAUGAGAGGAAUGCAUGUAGCAGUUAAAAUUGUGAAAAAUGUUCGUAGAUACCGUGAAGCAGCCCGUUCAGAAAUACAGGUAUUGGAGUAUUUAAACACCAUGGAUCCCAGCAGCACAUUCCGCUGUGUCCAGAUGCUGGAAUGGUUUGAUCAUCAUGGUCAUGUUUGCAUUGUGUUUGAGCUGCUGGGACUUAGUACCUAUGACUUUAUUAAAGAAAACAGCUUUUUGCCAUUUCAUAUUAAUGACAUUAGACAGAUGGCAUAUCAGAUUUGCCAGUCUAUAAAUUUUUUACAUCAUAAUAAGUUGACUCAUACAGAUCUGAAGCCUGAAAAUAUUUUGUUUGUGGAGUCUGACUAUGUAGUAAAGUACAACUCUAAAAUGAAGCGGGAUGAACGCACACUAAAAAACACAGACAUCAAAGUUGUAGAUUUUGGAAGUGCAACUUUUGAUAAUGAACAUCACAGUACUUUAGUGUCUACAAGACAUUACAGAGCUCCUGAAGUUAUUUUAGCGCUGGGGUGGUCACAGCCCUGUGAUGUUUGGAGUAUAGGUUGCAUUCUAAUUGAAUAUUACCUUGGUCCUACAGUGUUUCAGACACAUGAUAGUAAAGAACACUUGGCAAUGAUGGAGAGAAUGUUAGGGCCUCUACCAACUCACAUGAUUAAGAAAUCAAGAAAACACUAUUUUCAGCAUGACCAAUUGGACUGGGAUGAACAUAGUUCUGCAGGUCGAUAUGUUAGGAGACGUUGUAAACCAUUAAAGGAAUUAAUGCAUUGUCAUGACUCAGAUCAUCAGAAUCUAUUUGACCUUAUUCGCAGAAUGUUGGAGUAUGAUCCAGCCAAAAGAAUUACUCUUGAUGAAGCCUUGCAGCAUCCUUUCUUUGACUUAUUAAAAAAUAAAUAAUUCAGAGAUCUUAUGUGUUUCUCCAAGGAGACUACAUAGACUGUGUCAGUCAACAGAGCUAGCAUGAGAUUUUUGUAAACUUUAAUUUAUUUUGUACAGUUAAAUUUAAAUAUUUCCAUAUGUUUUGUAUCACAGCCAUGUUUAUCUUGUUGGUCAGUUAUGGUCUUUAAUCAUGGAUAUCAAAAUGUAAAAAUUAAAAGUAACUUUAUUUUUUU